CAUGGAAGGGAUUGUUAUGGUAACUUUACUUGUUUUCCAGUCUAUGAACAGCAUCAAUGCGACUCCAUAAUUUGACCUGAAUGCAUCCUUAAAUACGGAUAGACACUGUUGAUUGAAGUACUGCGACUGCUGCUGCUAGAAUAAAAUAAAGUAAUUUAAAUAAAAUUCUUUCCACAGCUCUCUAUACUGAUAGUGCUUUGACUGCAUGUCUGUGCAGGCACUAGUGAUAUGCGCAAGCACAUUUCAGAACGUUAUGAAAGGUAAAGGUUUUUUUCCUGAGCUAAAAUAUCUAUUGGCAGGCAUGGGGGAAACUAAAAAUGAAGGACAAAAGCACAGACUUGAAUAUGUUAAUUGUGAACAUCGGUUAAAGACCGCUGGUGACCUGAUACAGUUUAACAGCCCCUGUCCUAACAAAUCACUGGCAACAGAUAUAAUUGAUCUAAAUCCCAACUUGUGCCAGUGUCUGCCAUGGCACCGCCAUCAUUAGUUGGUUUCUGUGUUAAUUGAGGCAGUAAUUUGAUUAUCAAAUGCAAACAAACAAAGAUGGAGAAUGCUGGAAGAUCAGACACUGUGGACUGAUAAAGAUGUUGUGUGUAGAUAUCUUAAGGAUGAAGCAGAUAUAAUUAGAAAUAAAAAUGUCACUGUAUGUUGCUCUUGAAAGUGAUCUGAAGUUGUUGAUGACUAUUUUAGUGUUAUUUUAGCAAAGUUAGUACUGGAUCAUAUGUUGUAUAUAUUAUACCAUUUAAUAUACCACAUAUGAAUCUGUGACAUAUAGAUGUUGUGUUGUGUAAAGUAGUAUCUAGCAGGAGACAAUAUGGCCAUCACCUUUUUCAAACUUACUGAUGCAAAUCCACCUCCUCAACCUCUUGGCACAGGAUUGAGCCUAUUGCUCAAUAUGGAGACCAUUGCGCCUCCCAUUAUUCCUCCAGUUAUGACAAUUCCUCUCAGAUCUCAGAUGUUAGGGCUCUGUGUAGGCAUCGUUUUCUACUGUGCUUGCCCUUGUGACGGCCAAGUCCAGUUUGACUCCUUUUAGAGGUUUAAGUCUGUUUGGAGAGGCCUUAUUUCAAAAGACAGACUCGCUCCCAAAAAUGAAGAUGGGGAAGAGGAUGAAUGUUGUUGCGGGGACCGUUGAAUGUUAUCUUCAGACGAAAAAAAGGGGAUUUAUGGAAAGGUUGAAGAUCUCCAGCACCCAGAGCUCCAGGUUCAGGGUGAGCUCUUGGUCAACCAUGCCAUUUGAUCUAGUAUGUUUCAAUGAAGAAUGUGAGAUCCUCAGAUGGGCUCUCUGCAUCUAAAGGCAGCAAGUGAUGUGAUCAUCCGAGGACUGCUGUGUCUGCUGGACACCUGGUAGUUUCUGUGGUGCUGGACUACCCCGUCCUCCUGCAGAGUGCCAAGAUCCUCACAGUCUGUUUGAUUGGGGGCAGUCAUUACAUGCUUAUGGAUGAGAUCUCCCACUCUUUCCACCAAAGCGGCCACAGCGUACAGAUGCUACUCCAGCUGGGGAAUCCAGUUAUAAAUGGGCUUGACUAUACUCAACGCCCAAACAGCUAUGAGUUAACCACCUGGUCACCGGGUGAGAAUUACAUUGAAGAAUACAAUGGAUGGUUCUUUGUGCAGCAAAAGGAGUUUUUCCUUGGCAGGAGCAGCUUCAGUGGCUUCUUGAACUUCAUGGGACACCUUGCCUACCACUGUGAUCUCAUUUUGAGUGACUCUGAGCUGAUGGAGUCACUGCGGAGGGAAUCUUUCGACAUGGCCAUACUGGACGCUUUCAACCCCUGCUCCUUCCUUCUUGCUCGCUUCCUGGACUUACGUUACGUGGCUUUCUACCCCGGGUCUCUGAACGGACCUCUCUCUGUUGGUCUUCCCAGCCCCCUGUCCUAUGUGCCGGUCUUCAACUCCGAGUUAACUGACCGGAUGGGGCUUUUCGGCCGGGUCAAGAAUGUCGUAUUUUCCCUCGUGUCUCCUAUAGCGGAGAUGCUGAUCCAUCAGAGAUUCCACCACGUGGCAGAACGUCACUUCCUCUCUUCGCCUGUUAUGCGCGAGCUGUACAGCCAAGCAGAGCUGUGGGCCUUCAACACGGACUUCUCCCUGGAGUUCCCCCAGCCUCUGAUGCCCUACACUGUGUGUGUGGGGGGACUGCUGUCCAAACCAGCCAUGCCAGUGUCCCAGGAACUGGAGGACUUCAUUGCUCAGUGUGCAGAGGCAGGGUUCAUAGUGGUCACCCUUGGGUCCAUGGUGUCCUCUGUCCCCUUGGAGGAGCUGCUAAGGGAGAUGAACGCAGGCUUUGCCAGAGUCCCCCAGGGCAUCAUCUGGAGAUACCACCCGCUUCGUUGGCCGCCCCACAUCCAACCUGCACCCAACGUCAAACUGGUGGAGUGGCUGCCUCAAAACGACCUGCUAGGGCAUCCCAAGGUGCGACUUCUUGUCACUCACGGAGGUCAAAACAGCAUCCUCCAGGCCAUGUACCACGGCGUUCCGGUGUUAGGGGUUCCGCUCUUUGGGGACCAGUUUGAUAACCUUGUGCGGGUGGAAGCAAAAGGCCUUGGUUUAGCUGUCAAACCCACAGACAUCCAAAGAGAUGUACUCAGUGACACAAUAACCACACUCAUAACAGAUCACAGGUAUAAAGCCUCUGCUGAGUCUCUCAGUAGGAUACACCGGUCGCACCCGCACCCUCCAAGCCAGCGGCUGGUGCUGUGGGUGGAACACGUGAUGCAGAGUGGAGGGGGGUUCCACCUGCGCCCCGUCUCCCUCCAGCAGCCCUGGUAUCAAUGCUACCUCCUGGACGUGGCUCUCUUCUUCGCCCUGGUAAUGCUUGGACUCCUGGGCUUUGGAGUGGUGGCUUUUCAGAGCUACGAGGGCCGAGGCAAACUCAAGCAGGACUGAUGGUGUACGCAUGUGGCUUUUCAUGGACAGCGCUGUAAAUUCGACACACAUGGUUGGUUGGCUUUAUGGAAGGCCUAUAUUAUUGGAUGCUGCAGUGUACCAGAUGAGUUGUAAUUAAAUGGAUAACAGACUGAA